AUGACGGCGCUUCCGCAUCUUCAGAAGCAGCUACGCGAGAUGACUACGAGUCCCCCGGCUGGGUUUCGUGUAGAGGUUGAUAAAAAUAUUUACCAGUGGACGGUAUGGUUCGCAGGCCCCCAAGAUACUCCGUAUGAAGGAGGCCAGUACAAGGCUCAGCUGUGCUUCACAAAGGAGUUUCCAAUGGAGCCACCGAGCUUCCGUAUUUUGUCGACUUUUUGGCAUCCGAAUGUUUAUUCAGACGGCCGUGUAUGCAUCUCAAUCUUGCAUCCACCAGGUGUAGACGAGAUGAACGCCGAAGAGAGCGCAAUGAUGCGCUGGACUCCUGUUCAGACGAUCCGCUCGGUUCUGAUAUCUAUCAUUUCACUUCUGAGUGAUCCUGAUCCCAAGGACUCGGGCGCCCCGGCUAACGUGGAUGCCUUGGUGAUGUACCGUAGGGAUCGUGGCCUCUUCAACGCGAAGUGUAAGGAGCUGGCUCAAAAGUCUCUCCUGGAGCUGCCGCCAGAUUUCGUGCCGCCGAGGAUGGAUGAGAGGUCGGAAAACUUGCAUGCGGUUCGUCCGUGCUACAAGGGCUUAGUGGUCGAUGAGGAUGAAGUGGAUGAUUUUGAUUUGAUUCCCUCCCCGUCGUACUCCGUGUCUGGUCCAGAGCGCUACCGUGAGGAGCUUCAGCAGCUUCGCUCUCUAAACCUUGACACCACACUUGACGACGAUGAGCUUUUGCAGCUUCUGGCGGAAUGCCGUGGCGAUAUUGCUACAGUUUUGGAGAAAUUGUUUAGCCAAUAG